UUGUUAUUAGUGUUAUGGCUCGCGGAGUAUAAUUACAUUCACGACUCAUUAGUGGCAAUGAAUUCGAUUUUAGAAUACAUAUAUAUAUUUUGGAAAGAUUUUCAACUUUAUAUUGUUCGUGUAUUGUUGUUGUUUCAACUUUAUAUUGUUCAAUUGAUCGAGUGCAUCGUCCACGGCAACCAUUGCCCAAAAAGCUAGUUGGAUUCACUUUUUAAUUCGUAUACCCACUAAUGGCAGCCAUGACAUUUGUAACGGGAAUGUGCGUUUUUCAGCUGACAAGGAACGUUCUCUUAAACCCUGAUGUCAGGAUCAACAAAGCUCAUAGAAGCAUGGCAGUACUUGAAAAUGAAGAAGAAGGAGAGAAAUAUGCACAACACAAACUUCGCAAUUUCCUUCGCAGUCGUCCACCACAAGUCAUGCCUUCUAUCAACCGUUUCUUCUCUGAUGACACCAACUGAUCAUAUCUCAAUCCAAUUAAGAAAUUCUGAAUUAUUCAGUCAUGCAUCUGUACAAAAAAGAUUUCUAGCCAUGAUUGGUUUGACAUAUUUCUAGUUCCUUUUUAUUUUCUUUUGGUUUGACAUAUUUCUAGUUCCUUUUUAUUUUCUUUUGGUUUGACAUAUAUGAAGUCGUGAUAUAUGGUUUGUGUAAUUUGAGUAUUUCUACAGAGAUGUACUAUUUUUUAUUUUUUUUAUGCUGUUAAGAUAUCACAAUCAUUUUAGUGAUUUACCCGUACAGUCAUAAAUAAUAGUACCCACUUUUUAUUU